CAUCAUGGAUUAUAUUUGGGUCGMAAUCCAGGUUGACGGUUUCCGAGUGGCUUUAAGAGAAACCGUAGCUCCGUUUAACGUCUAAAUCAUUGAUAGUAAUAAGAAAAAGGUCGGGAGCUGAGGAUGAGGCGUCUGUCCAGGAGGAAGGCUCUGAGCCUGGUGAAGGAGCUGGACGCCUUCCCCAAAGUGUCCGAGAGCUACGUGGAGACGUCCGCCUCUGGAGGGACAGUGUCACUCAUCGCUUUCAGCGCCAUGGCCGUUCUGGCCGUCUUAGAGUUCUUCGUUUAUCGGGACACUUGGAUGAACUACGAAUAUGAGGUGGACAAGGAUUUCUCCAGACGAGCUUUCUUCUAUUGCAGCAAACUAAGAAUAAAUGUCGACGUCACAGUGGCGAUGAAAUGUCAGCAUGUGGGAGCAGAUAUUCUGGACCUGGCAGAGACGAUGAUCACGUCGAGCGGCCUGCAGUACCAACCUGUUAUUUUUGAGCUGACUCCACAGCAGAGACUCUGGCAGAGGACGUUGCAUCUGAUCCAGAGCAGGCUGAGGGAGGAGCACGCUCUGCAGGAGGUGCUCUACAAAACUCUGCUGAAGGGAGCUCCCACUGCUCUGCCACCCMGAGAGGAUGAGUCUGUGGAGCCGCUCGACGCCUGCAGGAUCCACGGACACGUUUAUGUCAACAAGGUGGCAGGAAACCUUCACAUCACAGUGGGAAAGCCCUUCCACCAUCCUCAGGGCCACGCCCACAUCGCUGCGUUUGUAAGCCACGAGUCGUACAACUUCUCCCAUCGAAUAGAUCAUUUAUCUUUCGGUGAGGAGGUACCGGGCAUAAUCAACCCUCUGGAYGGCACAGAGAAAAUCGCCUACAACAAUAAUCAGAUGUACCAGUACUUCAUUACGGUGGUGCCCACCAAGCUGAACACAUACAAGAUAUCAGCAGACACACACCAGUUCUCCGUGACCGAACGAGAGCGGGUGAUAAACCACGCCGCAGGCAGCCACGGCGUCUCCGGCAUCUUCGUCAAGUACGACACCAGCUCCCUGAUGGUGACGGUGAGCGAGCAGCACAUGCCGCUCUGGCAGUUCCUGGUGCGACUGUGCGGCAUCGUCGGAGGCAUUUUCUCCACCACGGGCAUGCUUCACGGCCUUAUAGGCUUCUGUUUUGAUAUCUUCUGCUGCCGCUUCCAACUUGGAGUCUACAGGCCCCGAGAGGAUGUGCAGCUACACAACCAGAUGAACCAUCUGACCAAUCACCAGACGCCUCUUCGGCCAGAAAACGCCCUUCUCGAGUAGCGGUUUUUAGCCGGUCGUUGUCAAAGUGUUAACGUUUGUUAAUAAAACUUCCUCCAAGUGGAUGAAUUCAAACCAUC